AUGGCGGCUGAUCCGUGGAGAUGGAUAUUCAGGCUACCCGAUGAUGAGAAUCGCAUAGCAGCCGAGGCCCCAGUGAAGCCCUACCUCGAUCCUGUGUUGAGGGGCCCGAAGAACAUGAGAUCACUGGUUCAGACGCUGCACGAUGCUGAGAUGCUGUCCUUUCGUCGUCGCGCCCGAUGUUUCGUGGGCGCCUUCACGGUGAUCAAGAAGGAUGGUUGCCACUUGCGCUUGGUUCUAGAUUGUCGCCCAGCUAACGUGCUUCACCGUCCGCCGCCCGUGAGUCAGCUGGCCACCGCGCCCUCCCUGGCCGGGUUGGUCCUGAGAGACGGGGGGGCGUUCGCAAGGCAGCGCGCGGAGGCGGGGCGGCCGCUGGGCGUGCAUGUCUCGGGCGCCGACCUCACCGACGGGUACUUCCAGUUCGAGUUCGAGGAGGCGGCGGGUUACUUCUGCCUGGCCCACAAGGUUCUCGCGUCGGAGUGCGGAGUCACACGAGUGUUUGACGACGACGCCCGACAGUGGACCGACGUCAACCCCGAGGAGACGCUCUGGACCUGCGUGAAGGUGAUUCCGAUGGGCUGGACGUGGUCGUUCUUCUUCUGCCGCUCCGCGCUCGCAGACGUUCAGGUCUGCGCGGAGAUGAGGCGGGCGGGUGACGAGAGGGAUGACGUCGACGAGUCCUACGAGGCGCUGCUGGCGGAGCUCCACCGCCGCGGCUUCCUCUGGCGGGGCGACAUCUGCGCGGGGCAGGACGUUGUUCAGGUGGGGCUUCGGCUGGUCGGGGGCGCCUUCCCCAUGAUGCUCCACGAGCGGGAGGUGACGUGGCGCUUGUACUGCGCUAUCCACGCGGCGAUUCGCCGCAAGACCUUCUCCGCGCGGCAGUUCCGCAGGCUGAUCGGCCACCUGGUGAACCACUUCAUGGUCUUUCCGCCCUUCAUAUCCGCGCUGCACGAGGUUUGGCGCUGGCUGGGCGAGCAUCUGGACGCCGUGGGCGACCUCGCGCCGAAUGUGGUUGGCGAGUUGCAGGUUGCCGCGGGGCUGGUGGUGAUCGCGCGCCGCGCGAUGCGGCUCAGGGCGGCUACCGCGGUCUAUUGCUCCGACUCCAGCGGGAAGGGCUACGCCUUGCAUGUUGGCCCGUUCGCGGAGUACGAGGUUCUCAGGGCGACAGCUUGUCGGGAGCGCUGGCGGUUCAAGACGCUGGAGGAGUACUUGUUGGACGAGGAGACCGUCGAGCCGACCGGCAUCCACAGCUCCGUGGGGGCCGAGACGAGCUUCCUGGCCCCAGCGUUCGAGAAGGAGCUGGGGUUCGAGGAGGUCGGCGCCGCGGAGCUCACGUCCACCGCCUGGAGAGCGGGUACUUCGAGAGUGGCAUCGCGGCGCGCAGUGGAGGCGGUGGAGACGCAUGCGUUGGCUGAGCCCGCCGGG